AUGCUGGAAUCAUGGUCAAGGUUGGUGGAUGCACCAUUUGCGCGUGUCAAUCACCAAGCAAUUUUUCUCAACGGUUGUCUCUACGUCUUUGGAGGUUUCAAUUCUCAGUUGAGGAACAUCAACUAUAAUUCACAUCAACUAGAUGUCUUCAGAUGGAAUGUCCAACUUAAAUAUCCACUGCGUUUGAAGGCUUGGAGUUGCAACACAAAAACUUGGACAUCGGAUCCUUUGUCUUCACCCGAUGGAUCGAUCAAUCCUACUUUGCGCUUUGGUCACACUGUUGUUGCUUGGCGUGGACGUGGUUGGCUUUUCGGUGGUCGCACCCAGCAACACGUUUGUCCGAAUCAAUUGUAUCUUUUUGAACCUGGCUACUACUCACAUUUGCCUGACCGUUUGAUUCCUGGCAGCCCUCCACCUAGAACAACACGUACAAAAACAUUGAUUGAUAUUAUACAACCAUGUUGGGCCGAGGUUGUUGGUACAACAGGUGUAUCUCCAAGUCCUCGUGAUGGUCAUGCUGCCGCGGUUUUAGAAAACGCUAUGUUCAUUUUUGGAGGUUUUCAAGAUGUGUUUGGGAGUUAUGAUAACUUCGUCUAUCGAUUUGAUUUCAUCACGUGGUCAUGGACGCAUAUUCAAAUUCACUCUGGACCAUGCAUUGGAUUAAGUUUGUCUCCCCUGUCGACAAGCGUCUACGCACUCCCCCAGUCGACGGAUUCAGUCUAUCCAACUCCAAUAUCUCCACAACUCCAGUCUGUUGGAAAUGACGAAUCCGUGGCCGCAUCGACGGUUCUUCAGUUUGACGUUCCAUUGCCACGUGAUUUUUCUUGUUUGAUAAGUCAUCAAGGUCGAAUCUUCUUAUUCGGUGGGCGCAGUGAAUUAGCCGCUCGAAGUGGCUUCGAUGUGUAUGACUCAGCACUUUGGGAAUUGGUCCCGUUAAAGGUGCAUGAAUCAACUCCGGAUGGAUCGGAUCACAAUUCCACCGAUGCAUAUUGUUACACUCCAGUUUGGCCCGAUGAAUGUGAAUACUGUUCCGCGGGCCAUUUACAUAAUCUGGCAGCAUUUGAAAAUUUGCAACGCAUGGCCUGGGAGGAAGAAACAGGCAAUUGGGUCAGUCAAGAAUUCUGGGCCACAGCUCCCCCGCGUCCUUGUUGUUUGUGGAAAUUCUCCUCUAAUCAACCGGGAGAUUUGGUUCGAAGUAAAUCCUCGGGCGACCAAAAGAAUUGUGGUCACAAUCUGUUUUUCGGGUGCCGUUCACGGUGGUCUUCUGGUAACGCAACCUGGAUUCGACGACACCCGGGCCAUGGGCUUCAAUUGCCUGAUCGUUUGCUCCUCCGUCUGUGUAAUCUCGCGGAGAAUUCCCAUGUCAGUCAGACCGCAACUGCUACAGCCACCUCGCCUCAUGGUCGUAGAAGUCUGUCUCACUGGGCCUAUGGGGGUUAUCUGUACAUAUCGUUCGGUACUGUACGUUGCCAGACUGCCGAACAAUGGCAGUUGCAUUAUCAAGACGUCUGGCGCUACAGUUUAUCGGACAACUCAUGGACAAAGGUCAUCACGGAACAGUUGGCCACCAAUUCCCUGAUCCCCACACAUUGGCCUUCGUCACGUCGACGUGCGGUCGCUAGUUUAUACUUACCGUGCCCGUCGAUUUCCGACACUUCCCAGGAUUAUGUGCCUUCAAUUCGACCGUUGGUUUAUGUGUUCGGCGGGACUCAACCACGAGUUUUGGACAAACGAUGCACAAUCUCCUACCACUCGACUCGUCGGACCGCCUUUAUGACUGCUCCCGCCCGACCUUACACUUUGUUCACUUCCGGCAUUCCCUCCGUUUCCAGUCCAGGAGAACCGGUUACUCAGAAUCGUUUGCUAGGUCUCGGUGAUGGCGAUUCGAUCUCUUUGCUGAACUUACCAAUCAUCAAUUCAACAUUGAUGGCUCUCGGUACGACAAUCAUCACCUCACCAAUGACUAUUUUGCUUGUCAAUUCACCACGUAUGUUUCACAUGGAACGGUCCACGCCGUUCUACCUGAUUAUGAUCGUCCCGACUGGUUUAUCCUCAUCGUUUUUCUCUUGCGGAACCACGACACAGAGGUGUCAGCACCUGUCGACUUUGUCACAUAUGUGCGUUGUCAGUUUUGCCGAACUGGCUGCUUUGUUUCGCACACCUCUGACUGGUGUUCAGCCUCUGGACACCAUGUGUUAUGGGUCGUUGGACAAAUUGUUGUACACAAAUGAAUCGGAUCCGGUACAACUUUACACCGCGCUUCGUUUGGCCUGGUCCGCAGUGCUCACUUGUGGAUAUUCACACGACGAGGACGAGGCCGACAACGGCCAUACAGCAUCUGGGGAAAAUGUGCACGGGGGUUCACGUCUACACAUGCUGAUCGUACAGCAGCAACAACAACUACUACAACAAAAUCAAAUAACAAUAACAACGAACUGCACCGCUGACGAAGAAACUGCCGGUGAUCAUCCAGGUCUGAAGAUCGGUGAUCCAAUGAGCAACCUUUCCUACACACCGACGAUAUUGGAACAACACUGCUAUGUAUUGGCACCGGAUGGGCACGUAUUUCGGGAAACGUCGGACUGUAUGAAAGAUUUAACCUGGUUCACCCUACUGCCUUUGGUCUGUUCGGCCCUGAUUACCACAGUGGAUUUGUUGCUCGAGUCCACCCGGCGCUUGCUUGCCUGUUUACGUCAGGGUAACCUACACUCAUUUGUUCGUGGCCCGUUAGUGUUUCGUGGCACAGCUACUUGUCCCGAUUGCAGUGCGGACGAAUUGCGCCCAGUACAUGUAUGGAUUGAUUCGAGUCAGCUGACCGGUUUGAUCCCGGUGCGUGAGGAGCCCUCGCACAGCGCCACAUGCGGUCGACCAAGGUCGCAAAUCCCAAGUGAUUGUCGGCAUCAGACAAUCGCCUCAUUGUUGAUUCAAUUUCUACCGCACUUGAGAAGCACUCUGGAGCUGGAAUUUGCCACAAAGCAUUUUUCGGAGGACUCGGGGUCUGGUGGCGUGUCUGAGUUAUUUGGACAUGCACUUCCUUCGACUGGUGCUAGUGGGUACAGUGAUGAGAACAUCCUAAAUGAAUCACUUGUAGGUCCAUCAGAGGUGAAUAUCAGCGCUACUGGUCCAUUGACUGUAGCGGUGGCAGCAUUUGAUGCUGCGCUCCCCGACCAACCUCUCCCUGUACCUGUUGAGAAUGCAGACAGUUCGGAAUCUGAAGAUCCGGGGGAGUUCUUCGAUCAUUACCUCACUGGAGACGAGGUGGGUUCAUCGGAUUCGGAUGACAGUGUCAGAAACACAAGCGAGUCGGUAAUCACCAUUCACCAAGUGGGCACCCUGGUUCGCGACAAAGAACGGCUCAUGGAACUUUCCGAUUGCUACGUUAUGCAUUUGGAAACAACACUGUACGACUUAUGCCUACGAAGACUGCGUGCUUUGGGCCCAUCUAAAACGACCUUACUAUCAUUACCAACGAAAAUUGUACAUGACCUGAAACGUCUAUAUUACGAUCCGUUUGGAGCAGAGAAUUGUGGGCGAAAGUCAACUUCAGGCUAA